AUGGCGGACUUCCGCUACUUCUCUCCUCGACCCUACCCGGACCUCUGGGAAUCUCCGCCGCCUGGUGGAGAGCUGGGGUCCCCGGGGCCGCUGGACGGGUCGGCCAAGGACACCCUGGCGGGAUCUCUGUGCGCCGGGUGCGAAGCUGGAGCGACCUGGUAUCGCCCGCGCUGUUCGCCCACCCUGAGGUGCGGUCGGCCUGGGUACUUCAGCUCCGCGAAAGAAAGCCACAGCCUGACCCACGUGGCCCGGAGGCCCCUGGACCGUGCCAGGAAGCUCCGUUCCGGCGCCCGGCGCCUAGGAGAUGCCUGGGAGGAGUCAGGAGCCCAGUGGAGUCCAGCAUGGAGGCAGCGGCGACCUCCACAGCCCCAUCCCUGUUCGUGCUACCCCUCGGCCCAGGGAGAUUCGCCCCCGCCGUACCCCGGGGGAGCGUACACCCCUCCAGGUAUUCGAACUUUUGGGAAAGAGAAGGAGCAGGCCUGGGAAGAUCGGUGGGCCAUGCCCGUAUGCACCCACGUGGGUUGCUGGUCCCCUUCCUCGGUCCUCACGGAUAAGUCCUCUGGGUCAUCCCAAGAGUGUAGGACCAAGUCAGUCUGCAUAUGCGCCCAGAAGCGAGACGGUGGCGGUCGGAUGGAGUCCGUGGACAGUCAGUGCUCGCAGGCCUCGGCCUCCAGCGGGCACCAUCCCCAUUCCAAGGGCAAGCUGGAAGACGCGGUGAUGUCCUCCCGAGAUCAGAAGAUCGUGGCCCUGGUGCUGAGUCGGCUCAAGAAGGCGCAGAGGAUGCGGGAGCUGCAGCAGCAGGCGGCGGUAGCCUGGGAGGAGCUGAAGCGCUCGGACCAGAAGGUCCAGCUGACCCUGGAAAAGGAACGGCGCCAGCUUCUGCAGCAGAGCCAAGAGCAGUGGCAGCAACAGAAAGAGCAGCGCAAGACUCGCCUGCCGCCGGGCCGGCGGCGGGACCGCCUGGGGAAGCACUCUGCCGCGAGCCAGGGGAACAAACACGCUGGAGGCCCCGGUGACAGCGCGUGGAAGGCGCUGACUCCGCCACCGGAGGACCAGGAGAACCAGCAGCAGGAGAAGCGGGAGAGAACGCCUGCGCAGGCCGAGCCUCGCCAGCACUGCCAGGUGCACAGCUUCUGGGAGCAGGAAAGGAUGCUCCAGAGGCUGCGGGAGCUCCACAGCCUGCGCCAGAACAAGAAGCUGGAGGAGGCUCGGUACAAGAGGCAGAUGAUGCACACCACGGAGACGCAGAACAACGUCCAGGAGAGCAACCUGAGUUCCCUGGUCAAUUAUCAAGCCCGCAAGGUCCUCAUGGACUGUCAGCUCAAGGCAGAGGAGCUCCUCAGGAGGCUGUCAUUAGAGCAAAGUGGCCAACGGUCCCAAGAGACGCACCAGGGCCUGGUGAAGAAACAGCACCAGGAGCAGCAAGAGAAGGCCCAGAAGAUGGGAGAGCAGCUAACGCAGACCAAGGGGCACGCGCAGGAGUCGGAGGAGCAGAGGCAGGUGCUCAAGAGGAUGUUGCUCGAGCUGGCGGAACAGAAGAUCCGCCAUGCCAGGUGUCACUCCCAGAAGACCACCAGAGACAGGGUGCACCACCUGAGGGAGCUCAACACCCUGCGAGAGAAGAACCACCACAUCCUGAAGCUGAAGGCCGAGAAAGAGCAAAAAUAUCCUAUGGAGGGCAUCAAGGAAGCCGUGAAGAAAAGGGAGCAGAGGAUGGAGCAGACAUCCCACAGGCAAGAUCCUAUCUUCCAGGACUUCCACAAAUUCUCCUCGGCUUCUAGGAGAGACAAUGGUGGCGGGCCUUCCAACAGCUGCUUUGAUCCGAUGGCCACAGAGCCCCAGGUGCACACACAUAAGCAUAGAGGAGACUACUGA